CAUAAACUCAUUACGAUCAAGGACAAAAUGCUAUAUAUAGGAAAGUUAAUGAGUAGCUCUAUCUAACAUUAAAAAAAGGGAUAUUGUGUAUGGACUAUGGAAUACAAAUCGAUAAUUUGAUGUUAGAGGAUUUAAAGCUGUAGAUAGCGAAGCAGAAUAAUAAACCAACAUGUACAAACUUUAUCAGACAGUUAACACGGAAUAUAUAUCUCCGGUCAAAGGAACAAUAAAAGGUUCUAUCCCGAGCUGGGUACGUGGUAGCCUGUUCAGGAAUGGUCCGGGGAUGUACGAAGUCGGUGAACACAAGUAUAACCAUCUGUUUGACCCGCUAGCUAUGCUUCAGAGAUUCCAUAUAGAAGAUGGUGAAGUGACCUACCAAUGUCGUUAUCUACAGAGUGACGCUUACAAGGCGAACAUAGCCGCCAACAGAAUUGUCGUGGCUGGUCUUGGAACGUCAGCCGUGCCGGAUCCAUGCAAAAAUGUCUUUCAAAGAUUCAUGAGUUACUUUGUCGAUUCCGCCCCUUUGUCUGACAAUAACCUCAUUAGUUUCUUUCCUUGUGGUGACAAUCUGUAUGCAAACGGCGAAAGCGCUUGUGUCCACAGAAUUGAUCCAAACACUCUUGAUGUCAUUAAAAGGGUCGAGUUAAUCGACUAUAUGCCAAUGAACACAAUGGCUGCACAUCCUCAUAUAGGCCCUGACGGUACACUGUACAGUAUCGGUGUGUCCUUUCAAAAAAGUGGCGUCAAGACUUGCAUAACGAAAACUCCACCCAUACAAGAUCAGGAGUCGGACUUUGUCAAGGGAGAAUCAGUUGCAUGCAUCAAAUCCCCAAGGCUACUUGAUUACAGCUAUGUACACAGUUUUGCGAUGACAGAAAAUUUCUACGUCUAUGUUGAGCAACCCGUUCUUAUAGAUCUCAUCAAGGUUCUGUCCUCUACAUUACGACAGCAACCUUUGGACAAGGUCAUCAGAUGGUCCCCAGAUAUAAAAGCUCGGUUUCGGGUCAUACAUAAGGCCACGGGAGAAGAGUUAUCUGCCAGCUGGAAGCCUGGCGAGAGGAAAACACUCGUCUUUGAGGCAGAAGCCUUUAUGGUGUACCAUCACAUAAACGCAUAUGAGGAAAACGAUCAUCUAGUGAUGGAUCUUGUAGCAUAUUCGAAUGGAGAGCUUUUAGAAAAUGUAUAUUUGAAAAACUACACCUCCGAGCAAUGUGAAAACAUAGCUCGGGCCAUGAAACCUCCGCAAGCUCGACGUUACGUCUUGCCAUUAAAUGUUUCAGCAGAAAAUAUAAAGGAAGAUAAUAUAGUGAAGCUACCAAAGUCAAACGCUAGUGCCAAAGUUGUAGCCAAAUACCUUGUCCAUUGUGAGCACGAGGCCAUUUGUGACGAAGGAUUUGAAAUGCCACAAAUCAACUAUGCGAAAUAUAAUAGUAAGCCAUACCACUAUGCAUAUGGCUUAGGUGUCAACAAUACGGAGAAGAACCUGUUUUCGCUAGUAAAAGCGGACGUCCAGGAAAGAACACAUCUUAAGUGGGAGGAAGACGGCUGUUAUCCUUCAGAGCCAGUGUUUGUGGGAAACCCAGACAGAACCACAGAGGAUGAUGGUGUAAUCAUUUCUGCAAUUAACACUGUGGAGUUUGACAAAGGUCGUCACGCAUUUCUGCUGAUUUUGGAUGCCCGAACAAUGUCGGAAAUCGCACGUGCAGAAUUCCCAGAUGUUGAACGCUUUCCACGUGAUUUGCAUGGCUUAUUCAGGGCGGAUGGUUCUUAAACGUUAGCAUUAUAUGCUCGGGAUUGCAUGUAAUAGAUAAUAUGUGUAUAUAUAUGUUUUUGGACCAAUAACUGUCUAGUGCGUUAAACAUUGGUUUUAUGUCAAUCGUGCGUUCGUUGUAGAAAUAUCAAUUGUAUGUAUACAGGGGCCAUAUUACAAAAGCAUCUUAAGGUAAGAUUUUACCUUUUCCUUAAAUUCAACAAUUUCCUUAACUGUUUAAUUACACAGGUAGAAAGUGUUAUGCAUAGUGUCGAUUCUGCAAUUAAAUUAUGGACACUGAAGUUUUUAAAAAUGUAAAAUUCAUUUUAAAGAAUCAUUUUUUUGCAGGUUUAUAACAUUUCCAAAUUUUAUACUUAAGUUAAAAUUUGUUAGAAAUUACUUAAGAUGCUUCUGUAAUACGGACCCAGGGGUAAACGACUAGGGUAAUAAACACGCAAUUAUAAUAUCAAAUUGUUAAGUAUUAUGUAAAUCACUACAUAGGAACCAAAUUAAUCGGCAGUCAAAGUAUGUGAAGACAUUUUAGGAAUAUUUUAUCAAUUUGAAAAAAGAAUAUUAACGCUGGUAUAAGUCAUACAGGAGCAGUGGAAACAGUGCUUUAAAGUCGCGGCAAAAGACAAAACAAGCGUGACUUUGAAAAAUGGAAAUAUUACUCUAAAAGGUUAACAGCUGGAUGAAAGCCAUUUAUUUGAAGUGAUGAAGUUUAAACUCUUUAGCUUUAUUGGUAUUCUAUGUUAUAGUUUUAAACUAUAAUCUAAUAACUAAAUAUAUUGUUAUUCGGUAUAUAGGGUAUUUAUAUUGAUUACACUAUAAGAUGUACUGAAGGUUUUUAUAGGAAAAAAUUGUGAA